AUGAAGUCAGAACUUCUGCUGGUGUUGACUUUGUUUCUCUGUGUGAGCGGUAAACCCCUGUCCAAGAGGAGGAUGUAUAAUAAAUUGCUGCUGAUCUCCUUUGAUGGUUUCAGGUGGGAUUAUGACCAAGAUGUGGACACACCAAAUCUAGACAAACUAGUUAAAGAGGGAGUGAAGGCAAAAUAUAUCAAUCCCCCAGCGAUCACCAUGACAUCUCCAUCACACUUUACAACUAUUACUGGGAGAUGGAUAGAGGAUCAUGGUGUUGUCCAUAACCUGAUGUUUAAUGAUACAACUGGCUUGAGAGUUCCCCACAAGGCAACAUUGAAAAGAUCAGAAUGGUGGGAUAAUGGUGCUUUGCCCCUGUGGAUAACAGCCCAGAAUCAGGGCCUGAAAACAGCCUCUUUUUUCUAUCCUGGUGGAGGAGUAAAUUACAGUGGCCAAGCUGUGGAUCGUUCCCUGGUGGAAGAUCACGAGCAUCCUGAUGACAAUGAGACAGAGUGGCGGCAGAACAUCGACACUGUGAUGGGAUGGUUCACCAAAGAGGACUUUGACUUUGUUACGCUUUACUAUGGAGAACCAGACAACGUGGGUCAUGCUUUCGGCCCCGAAACCCCAGAGAGAAUAAAGAUCAUUGAACAGAUUGACCGCACUAUUGGCUACCUCAGGGAGGCAAUUCACAAAAAUGGUUUGACUGAUCAUCUUAACGUCAUCCUGACCUCAGACCAUGGCAUGACCACUGUUAAAAUGGCCAGUGAGGUUAAUGAGAUAAAACUUAGCAAUUACAUGAGUUUAUUAAAUCUAGCCCGAUUUGACCUGCUCGACUACGGUGGGUUUGGGAUGAUCACGCCUAGGGAGGGCAGAGAACAGGAAGUUUAUGAUGCCCUGAAGAACGCACAUCCCAAUCUGACAGUCUAUAAGAAAGAAGAGAUUCCAGAACACUUUCACAUUCGCAAACAUGAGAGAAUUCAACCGAUUGUCCUUCUGGCUGACCUGGGGUUCAAUAUCAACUCUAGGAUCAUUUUGCAUAUCAACAAAGGAGAUCAUGGAUUCAGGAAUGAGGAAAUGGAUAUGAAAAUGAUCUUCCGAGCCUUUGGGCCAGACUUUAGGGACAAUUUCUUGGCUGAGCCAUUUGAUAGUGUCAGCAUCUAUCCGUUGAUGUGCAAGCUGUUGGGUGUAGUUCCAGAAGCAAACAAUGGAAGUCUCAGUGACACCAAAGGCAUGCUAGUGGAUAACUUUGAUGCUGGUGGGAGCAGUGGAAGAAUCAAGGUGUCUUUUAGCCUUCUGGUACUAAUGAUUAUUAUCUUAACCUUAAUUUAAAGAGAUUUGCCAAAACUACUAGUUCAUAGCAAUCAGCAAACCCAGAAUACAUUUAAACUACUAUAAAUCACAAAUGACUAUUAAACAGAGUAUUGCUUUGAAUCUUCUUCCAGUGCUGAUGAUAAUUGAUUUUUUUUUUUCAU